ACAGAGACUGGUGGGAUAAUAAAUGUGUUACCGGGCUACUGCCGACGUUGCGUGGUAAUUAUUAGCCUUUCGGUGGACGGCUGUUGGCUUGGGAAAUUGGAGAACAUAUCCAAUAAUAUCGCUGGUAAGUUAACUGGUAACUAACUGAUGCGGAGCGCCAAAACUUUUGAUCAUACUACUUUUUGCAGGCGAGCGUUCCAACCCCUCCUAGAGGGCCGGGAUUGGAUCGCCGUUCAAUGUUAUGCGAGAAGUUGCCAGAGUUCGUUGGGCAGAGAACAUUCAAAAAACAGCAAAGGGAAAAAGAGGAAAAAACAAUAAGUUACUCCUGUCGCGGAUGAAGCUGAGCUGCAAGCAAGGUGAGCCAGCCUGAACAUCUCGAAAUCCCUCUGAGCCGCGGAUGUCCACAUAGCGCUACUACUACCUCGAAAACCCAAGGCCACCUCGAAAGCUAGAAAUCUGGGGAGAGAAAGGACCCGUCGGUUGGAAGGAAGAAAUAAUGCAGACGGAUCCAGGUUCUACUUGAGUAGUCGCAGUCCGUUCUUACGCAGUUAACUCUCCUCUGGUUGACUGUGCAUGAAACCCGCUUGGCCAAUUGCCUAGCCCUCUAUAAUGGCGUCCGGCUCACAACCAAGAAGCCUGUUGAUAGCGUGCUUGGGUACGUUGUGGUUGGGCGAAAGUCGUCUUGGGGUAGGUAGCAGGCAGAAUCAGACUCUGCAUUGCUCUAACCUGAAAGCGCGCAUCGCAGAUCGCAUGGGAUGAUGAUGGACUUGGGACUUGGAAACUCAUCAUCUGCUCAGCCAUCCCAACAGCUUCAACCGUCCUCUUCUCGCCAGCAAACUCGCACCAUGGAUUCCUCACAGCGUCCGCGGAAGCGGGCUCGGAUGGCCUGUACCUGGUGCCAUGAACGCAAAGUUCGCUGUGAUGUCUCUAUUCAUGGAAGUCCCUGUACAAACUGCCGGCUCGAUGGCCAUGAAUGUACUAUCCGGUCGAGUGCUUGUAGAGGGUAAGUAGAGUGAUCGAGCUCCUCCCAACCUCCAACCCGUGGUGUCCGAACUCAGCUCCAAUGGCCCGAGCCGCAUUCUCAAAAUGGUACUCUUGUGCAUAAAUCGGACCCGGUCAGUAGAAUGGUCAGUAGAAUGGGGCCAAUGGAAAGUAUUUUAGCGAGACCGACUUUCCCUCAAUAUAUUGAUCCUCCUCGGCAACCUCCCUUCUUUGGGGGGAUGUGGGGAGAACAAGAAACCCAGUUCGAGAUGUUAAGGUCGAUGAAUUCUCACCUUCCUAGAACCAUCCUCCCUUUUUCGUUAGAUAGUCCAAAUGGAGAUUCAAAUGUCAUAUUUUCCUUCUACCGUUUCAUUGAGCUUCGCGAUCUCCACACUUUACCAACUGAAGAUGUCAAAUUUCUGGAAAUGAAAGGCUGUCUUCAUGUACCCUCGGGGCCAAUCCUGGAUGAAUUCGUCCGUCAAUAUUUUCUACAUGUCCAUCCUUGCCUACCAGUAUUGAACGAGGCAGAUUUUUGGAGUAUGUAUGCAAAUCGAAAUGAUGGGAUAAAGAAGCCACGAGCUAUAUCAUUGUUCAUCGUGCAGGCAAUGUUCUUUGCGAGCUGUGCAUUUGUUCCGCCAAGUGUCAUCAAAUCUGCUGGAUUCGUGGAUAGCCGCAUAGCCCGCAAUACUUUAUACCGGAGAGCAAAGCUUCUUUUUGAUCUAAAUGCGGAGAACGACGUUUUAGCAAAGGCACAGGGUGCGAUUCUCCUCACCUACCAGAGCUCGUCCAUCGAUUUCCACGCCGGGAGCCUGUGGCUCACAACUGCUAUCCAACAUGCCAUUCUUUACGGCGCGCAUUCAUAUAAUAGCAAAUCAAACGUUACCGAUCCUCACAGGGGGACAAAGAAACGACUGUGGUGGUCAAUCCUACUCCGCGACAGAAUUUUGCCCCUAGGGCUACGCCGGUACCCUCAGAUCACACCUCAACAUUUUGAUCUGUCUCUUGACUGCAUGGCUGAAGAGGAUCUCCAAGACGAGAUCCACAAGUCCGAGGUAUACAAUGCGGAAACCAAGCGCAUUCUUGCAAAUGUUUUACGCGUCCAGUGCCAGCUAGCUAUUGUGCUAACCAGGGUUAUAAUGAUUGUCUAUGCGCCUAAUGGGUUCUCGCAACCCAAAUCGAUGACGGAGAAGGAAUUUAUGAAGUCACUCAGAGAGAUAGAAGACAUUAGAGCUACCCUAACUCAAUGGGCGAAUGAGGCGAAAGCCGCCUUUGGUUCUAUCUUUGCCUCGGAUGACGUCCAUGAAUCUGUCACCCUUUACUCGAAUUUGACAUUCAUGUACUAUCACACCGCCCGCGUCGCCCUAUGUCACAAUCAGGCCCUUACCAUUGAGAUACAUCAAAGGUUUAUCGCCGAGACUUACAGUAAACUUCUAGAGGGACUUAAGGAUGAACUGGAAGAUGCGGCAUUAAGUAUCACGAGAAGCGUUAAACGACUACUCAUGCGUGGAGUGGCGCGACAUCUUCCCAUCAGCGCCAUCGCAUACACUGCUUUACCUCUAGUCCUAAAUGCACUUGACGUUAAGCUAUCUGGAACCACAUCCCAAUCCGCAACACGCAAACGGCGCUGGAGCUACUAUGCGGAGGUCAUGCAACUAUAUCGAAACAGGUAUGACGGCACAGAUUACGUCGCUCUCCUCAUUCAGGAAGUCCUUAGAUUUGCGGAGAAACAAAACCUCCUCAUAUCCUUCCAGCCGGACGAAUCAUCAAGUAUCAUGUCAAGCCCGAACAGCAGCAGAGAUAACGGAAAAGAGGACACGAACAAAUCGAGCCCAGUAACUGAGACAUCUAACGGACCUGCCGCAUCUAACAAACGCACAAAGAGCUGGUCUGAAGUCUUCAUUCGACAGCCACGCUUCUACCUCAGGCUCUCAUUGUCAAUUGACUUCGCUUUUGCAAGAGGGCAAUACCCUCGAGAUACAGACUUACCUGCACUCGUCCGUGAGCUUCACCUUAGAAAAGAUAGCGAUCAGGCAAUCGAGACUAUGCAACCCAACAUACCAGUGGAAGUUCGGCUGAAAAGUCUGCCACCACUAACGAAAUCCCAGCCGCAGCCUCCAAAUCAGCAGGAACAGGAACAGGAACCGCAACAACCAGGAGAUCAGUUCACUGUUCAGGAUGCAGACGUAUACUAUGGGGUUGACGGCAUGACUGAAGUCCCCAACCCGGAACAACAACAGGAGCAGCAGCCACAGCAAUCUCACCAGAUCCUAGUCUCCCAUCCACCACCAGCGGAUCAUAACCUAGCUCCUCAACUAACAACCGAUCAAUUGCUCUUCAACAACUCGGUGAACCUACGCGAGGUAAACCUUGACUUUCUAGAUCUGGAAAGUCCGCUACUUGAUAGCCUUAAUGGCGGUGUUGAGCUUGGAGUCCGGGCUGACGACAGUGGGGAGGAUGGUGAUUUUACCUUUGGAAAGGUUGGUUCGUCCUAUUGGGUCGACGGUAUACUUGAGGAGAUUAUAACUAGGGUGCAUACAUGAUUAUCAGAAAAGAAAUAAUGAAACGAAAAAUUUGAAACGAAAAGAUCAUUUGUCAGCGUUCUUUGUUUAGUUAUUGGAGUUCCUUGAUGCUUGAUGGAGGGCAUGGCACAAGGGUUUGAACCACCGAAGUAGCUGGGUGUAAUAUGGUGGCAGAUUGGCAAUCCAAAUGUUAAUUGGGCAGCGCGCUUUCUCCUUAUAAAUUAACAUUUCAUCUAGGAUCAGCAAAGGAACGUGUUCAGUAGUUCCGAACAGAAUCUAUAUUAAACGCUUUACCGUUUCAUGCCCUGGCUGGUCUAGAGGCUAUUUAUUUGAGAUCAG